CAAUGAGUCUGUUUUUGUCAACAUCUCAUCCAUCACAGUAACAGCCAUCUUCCUGGUUCAAGAACCUACAAAACCGGAAUAAAUCGAUUUACAUUGUGAACUUCCAAUGGAGUAGAUCAUACUGUUGUAGGUAUCACGAUGAUAACACUCCCAAGUCAACUCAUCAUCGAACAUCCUUGAGACCAACCAUAAAAUUAACAUCUUGUCAAAUGAUAACAGAGACUCUGUUCAAACAGAGCCAAAGUUGGGAUCGGAGUGUACAAGUCACAUGAAAAUUGUGAAAAUGGUGUCCAAAAUUUUGCCUAUUGUGGUAACUACAUCAAUUGUGGCCAUUAUUUCAACUGGUGUUUGUGUUUAUCUUGUAAGGAAGAAAAAGAGGCAAAAUAGAAUACCUACUGAGUGGAAAAAAAUUGGUAAUACGAAGAAAUUAUUUAUUUUUCCUUUGAAAAGUGGACAUUAUAUGGAGAUUGAUUCUGCUGAGUGUACUGUUGUUGGACUGAGUCUACUGAAGGACGCUAAGAAUCCCCUGGAACUGAGAGACAGAUCUUUCAUAGUUUAUGGAGAAAAAGACGGAGAGGUAAAAUCUGGUAAACCAUUUCCCCAGUUAGUAAAAAUUGAAGUAUCAGUGCACGAUGGGAAUCAUAUUGCUCUAGACGCACCUCAAAUGAGGACACUGUAUGUUAGAAUCCCAGAGAGAGACGAUUCUAACAUAAAAACUGUCAAGUUUUGGAGUGGGGAGCCAAUCGAGGCAAUUGAUUGUGGAGAUGAAGCAGCUAGAUGGUUAUCUCAUCAUUUAUCUCAGAAGGAUAAUGGAUAUCGACUGGGCUACCAUGACGCUUCAAAACGAAGAAAUUUGGUCAAAUUCCAGGACAGAAUGAAAUACUACAAGCUAAUGACUGAUGCAGCAACUGGAUUAUUCUCAGAUGUGACGAGCGUGUUGGUUUUGAACCAAGCGUCUGUCAACGAUUACAAUAAGAAAGCUCCAAGUGCCAACGUAACCCCGUUGAACUUUAGACCUAACAUAAUUGUGGAUGACCCAGACAUCAAGCCCUACGAAGAAGACGAUUGGGAUUGGUUGAAGAUUGGAGAUGAUGUCAUCAUGAGGAACGUUAAGGAAUGUACACGUUGCGUGUUCACAACUGUUGACCAGGAAACUGGAGUCAGAAAUUCUGACAGGGAGCCUCUGAACACGUUGUCACAAUACAGGAUGUCUAAAAGUCCGGAAAAUAUGCCGAUUAUGGGCAUUCAUAUGGAAGUGAAACAAGUUGGAAUUAUCAGAUGUGGCGAUCCAGUUUACAUUGGAAAGAAUUGAGGGAAUUAUUAUCGUUUCAUAUAAAGUAUUGUGACUCAGUAAUUAAUAUAGUGAGAGUAGUGUAGAAUUUUAUCUAAUUGAAAGAAAGAUGUAUUAAAAAAUUCGAAUUCGUAAGAAUAAAUAUAUUUAUUGAAAAUA